CAGUGAAAUCGCGGAAGUGCUCGAGAACGCACAGAUUUGACUAGACAGUUUUCUAUAAUUAUUUAAGAAUCUUCAAGAAAAAAUGUGGACAUUUGUUACAUUUCCACCGACGCAGUAACAAACCAUCAGUUCAGUUUUAACAGACAUACGAUAUUUUAUAAAUUGACCGAUUUAUUCGACAAAAAUGACCAAUGUCAAUUUACAGAAAGCCAUAGAUUUGGCCAGUAGAGCCUCAGAGGAGGAUAAAGCCAAAAACUAUGAGGAAGCUCUUCGUCUCUAUCAGCAUGCAAUCCAGUAUUUUCUUCACGUGGUCAAAUAUGAAGCUCAGGGAGAAAAGGCCAAGCAGAGCAUCAGAGCGAAAUGUAUGGAUUAUCUGGAAAGAGCCGAACAGCUGAAGCAGUACCUGAAGAAGAAAGAGAGCGCGCCACCGUCCAAACCUGUGAAGGUCCCUCAGUCUGAUGAAAAAGGGACUGACAGUGAUGAUGGUGAUUCAGAGAAAAAGAAAUUCAAAAAUCAACUCCAGGGUGCCAUUGUCAUGGAAAAACCCAACAUCAAGUGGGAUGAUGUAGCUGGAUUGGAGGGAGCCAAGGAGGCUCUUAAAGAGGCCGUCAUUCUGCCAAUCAAAUUCCCCCAUCUAUUCACAGGGAAAAGGACUCCGUGGAGGGGGAUUCUACUGUUCGGACCUCCCGGAACGGGUAAGUCCUACCUGGCUAAAGCCGUUGCUACGGAGGCCAACAACUCCACGUUCUUCUCCAUCUCGUCGUCAGACCUGGUGUCCAAGUGGCUGGGAGAGAGCGAGAAGUUGGUGAAGAAUCUGUUCAGUCUGGCUCGGGAAAACAAGCCUUCCAUCAUAUUCAUCGAUGAGAUCGAUUCUUUGUGCGGCUCGAGAAACGAGAACGAGAGCGAAGCGGCUCGCAGGAUCAAGACAGAAUUCCUGGUCCAGAUGCAAGGUGUGGGAAACGACAACGAGGGAAUUCUGGUUCUCGGAGCGACCAACAUCCCCUGGACGCUGGAUUCUGCCAUCAGAAGAAGGUUCGAAAAGCGCAUCUACAUCCCUCUUCCCGAGCAACACGCACGCACGUUCAUGGUCAAGCUCCACCUCGGCUCCACCCCCAACAGCCUCACGGAAGCCGAUUUCAUCACGCUGGGGAAGAAAACAGAGGGCUACUCGGGUGCCGACAUCAGUAUCGUGGUGCGAGACGCCCUCAUGCAGCCCAUUCGUAAAGUUCAGUCGUCCACCCACUUUAAAAAGGUCAGGGGGAAAGCAUGGAACAACCCUGAUGUCGCCGUGGAUGACCUCUUGACUCCUUGCUCCCCGAACGACCCCAAUGCGAUACCCAUGACCUGGGUGGACGUGGCCAGCGAUAAACUACUGGAGCCAAUAGUUAGUUUUGAGAACAUGUGUAGGUCUCUAGAGAAAACCAAGCCUACAGUGAACGAGGAAGAUCUGGAGAAGCUUAAGAAGUUUACAGAAGACUUUGGGCAGGAAGGAUAAACCAACAGAUAUUUUUAGAUAUUGAAUCGUUCCAGCUUUAGAAUUUGUGCAGGGUUUUGUUCCUUCUUUAAAACGGUGGAAGUUAUUUAUAUUUUUCCAUUGUGUUUACAAUGCCAAAAACUGAUGCAUAGUUUGUUUGUUUUCAGAUCUUUAUGUACUUUUAUACGGUUACGUCUUUUGAGUCAGCCUUUGACAAUAAGCAUUGGACGUUGAAACACUUUGUUAUGAGUUUAGUUACCUGUGCCUUAAAGGCUGGUCAAGGCUCGACUUGCUACAAAAUAAAAGUAUAAAAAUCUUUAAUAUAUUUGGACCAGAAUGUGAAACCAGUGAGUGGAGGUAGUGUUUAGUUUUUACGUGAAUACAUUUUGCAGUAAUGUCAAAACUCAGUGUUUUUCUUGUUUUUGACCAACUUUUGAAGUGUUUUAUUAUUUUUCUACUCGGUUUUCCUACUUUAUCUGUAAAUAAAAGGUAAAUU